AUGAGCUCGAUCAAGGACUUGUUGAAGGGAUAUGAACAAAAGGACAAGGAAGCCCACAAGUAUAACACCAUGCUUACUUUGAAUCAAAAGGAAAAGGAUGAUUCAAAGAUUUCAUUUUCUCAGCAACGAGUGAUGGAAGAUUGGAACAAACAAAAAACUGUUAAUCAAAAUCCAUACGAAAAGGGCCACGUUCCAUCCAUCACCACAUCCCAACACAAGAAUGAAAUGAAAAGAGAAGUCGUCAGAGAUGUGAAAAACGGAGUUCCAAUUUCUCCAAGUUCGAAAUCAUCAAUCAGUAGUGGAAGUGGCAGUAACAAUAAUAGUCCUCGUAGUAGUAGUGGAUAUAGUCCAAGUGGUUCUGGUAGUGGUGGUGACAAGUAUGCCGAGUUGGAGAAAUUGGCAUCUUUACGAGAUCGAGGAAUUAUUACUCAAAAGGAAUUUGAUUUGAAGAAGAAACAAAUUCUCGGAUUGUAA